AUGCCUCACGUAACCGACCUCAAGUAUUUUGAUCCCUGCGCCGCCACGGCCGCCAUGUUUUUAUACGCCCAGGGAUCAUCCAUUACUGCAAUUGUGUGGGAUUUGAUGACGGGUGAUGAGAUUGCCCGAUUUGCAUCAUAUGAGCACCUGACUGUUGCAGCCUGGAUGAAGAACGGCAAUGUUGCUUUUGGAAACACAAAAGGAAGUAUCAUCUUGUUUGAACCCUCAACUUCUGAGCAUGUUUCCGCAAGGACAAUCGAUCAAAUUGCAGUGACUGCGUUGGCGCCAUCAGCAGAUUGCCGCACAUUCGCCAUUGGAGGACCGUCACCCAUUGUCAACUUGGCAUGGCAUGCUUCGUCAUCGCGGCAAAAGUCGGACAUGCUAUCUGUCCAAAUGCGUGAUGGAGACCUCCGGGUCUGGAGUGUGGCCAAGAAGUUCAGCCCUGACGAUCCCGCAAAGGUGGUUCGAAACCUGAAGAAGACGGAGAUCUCCAUGGAUGGUCCCAACUGGAUGGGUUGGUCCAAGAACGGCCGCAUAAUCCAAUACUCUGACUCCCAAACACAGUCAUGGGAUGUUAGGACCAAGCACGUCACCCACGACCCUAUCCCAACCCUCGACAUCGUCCGGGGUCUCGCCGUCUAUGGCCCAGGAGCUACGCUCUUCACCCUGGGGCCCAACAACACGGUGCAGCAGUUCGACCUCAACUCCCCUGCCAUCAUGGUGGCGAAUGUCCAGCACCCAGCAAACCUGCUGCCUCCCUCGCCUCCAGUGUCGGAGGAGACCGGUGAUCGGUCGGCCACUUCUGCGACCACUAUCAACUCGGAGUCUGAGACAAGUUCCGUUCCGCUGGAGAUCAAUAUCUCCGAGAGUGAUGAAGAUCACCUGUCGCCAUUUGCCCGGUUAGCCCAACGCCAAGUGUACGACUCGGGCGGCAAUGAGGCCUACGACUCUGCCAGCCCGAUCUCAAGCCGAAGUGGGUUGUCCUCCCUCUCCAAGUCAUCGGCGGGCUCCAACACUCAGGGUCGUUACGCUGGAUCGAUGAGAUCCAAGGGGUUGUCUGACAGUACCUAUAUCUCUGCUGGAACCUCUCUUAGGUCUUCGACUCUUGGCCAAAGGAGGGAGAUGGACAACUAUUCCAUGGGUUAUUCUCUGGGUACUACUAGUGUCCCUUCAAUGGCGUCUAGCCGCUCUCGACGAAGGCCCUCUCGCCUUCGCAACGAGGUUCCGCGCAGUCCUGAUGACAGCAAGGUUCAUGACCUGUUCAAGUACACUCGCGCUCGUCUGAGUGACAUCCCCUACAAGCACCACAUGGGAACCAAGGACACUCGUCUCACCAACGAUGACCUCCGUCGCCAGAUGCUCAGCACCAUCUUUGGAUGGAACAAGGAGAUCGAGGAUCUCAUUAGGGAUGAGUUGGCCCGUCACCCUCCGGGGUCUGCUAGCCGUAUCUUGUUGGCUAAGUGGCUUGGUGACAUUGACCCAGAUAUCAUGAGUGCGACCUCAGAAAACAUGACAUCCUCAGACUGGAUGUUGUUGGCUCUCAGUGGUAUCGGCAACCAGGCUUCACAGCACAAGAUUGGCCGUGCCUACGUUCAACGCCUUCUUGAGACUGGUGACAUUCAUGCCGCCGUCACAAUUAUGCUCGGCAUGGGUGACCACAACGACGCUAUUGAGGUCUACAUCUCUCACAAGCGUUACAUGGAAGCCUUGAUUCUCACUUGCUUGGCUUUCUCCAGUGUCUGGGAGCGCCAGGCCGCCAUCAUUCGGAAAUGGGGAGAGUGGGCUGUGCAGCACGGCCAGCAGCAGCUGGCUAUCCGAUGCUUCGCAUGCACUGAUCAGGAGUCCACCGAGCCCUGGACUUCUCCAUCUGCCGCCCAGCUCAACUUCCAGACCAUGAACCCCAGCAUCCCCGAAGUUCUCAGCCCACCUCUUUCGCCUCCUGGCAUCCAGCGUGGCCCUCAGCGCAGCAUUGCCAAGACAUCGGCGCUGAAGCUCAUCACCUCCUUUGGUGAUCAGUCGCAAAAGUCUAAGUUCUUUGCUGGCGACGGCGGCCAGACUCCCAUUGCCGCUGGUGUCACUCCUAUCGCCGACUCUGCCGGGUCUCCUUCUGUGUCCACCAACAACGAUGCCACAACCGCAUUCCUUCGUCCAUCCAGCAACAGCAGGUUCAACACGCCUGUGUCGGCACGAGGACGCGGACGUCUGCCCUCCAUCGGCGAGGUCCCAGCGGAUCUCAACCGUGAUGCUAUCAGGAACGCUGAGCUGUCAGCUGUUCUGUACGACAUGGAGACUCGAUCUGGCCACGCUCGCACUCCAUCAGGUCAAGACAACAACAUGAUUGCCGGUAACCUGCUUCAGCGUGCUGCCACAGCCAGCCCGAUGAUGAUGCGGGAGCACGCCGAGCGCGUUGUCCAGCCUGCUGAACAUAUUCCUCCUCCUCCCAACCACGACAUCAUGAUGAAGAGGAACCGCCGUAACGGCUCGCGUGAUCGUAUUCCCGUGGGUGUCGACUUGCGAUUGACGUCUUCCCCGGGCGUGGAAGUGAGUGAUGUGACCUCCCCUGAGCAGUCUGUUGGUUCGUCUACUCGCUACCACUGGCCUACUCGACGCCGUGGACCUGGCUCGGUGACCAGCAGCUCUGUUACCUCUGCCUCCAGCGCUGGAAGAAGCCUGCGACACCAAGCUGUCCGAAACCGAGAGGAUUACAUCCACAGCUUGGAUGCCGCCCAUCACUACCAAAAGAGGCAGCGCAGCCGACAACGCAGUCAGUCAAGGACUCGCGAUGGUUCACGCAGCCGCCCCGGCAGCCGUGAGCGAACAGGCGAUCGAACAGCCGGCCCUCGAGAGCACUCCGAGGAGCGUGGCCGCGUCGUCGCUCGAGGCUGGCCCAAGGCCAAGCGAUCACCUACUUCUCCGAUUCCCAUGUCUCCUGAGGAUCUGAUCAACCUGAGCACCCCAAGACAUACUCAGAUGGGUGAGCCCGCUACGGUGCGCAAGUUGAGCUCCUCCAUUUCGAAGCCAAAGAGCCGGGGAUCGAGCCGUGGAAGCCGUCGCAGGAGCCCUGAUAGCCGCCGUCCCCCAGCUCUUGACAUCCGCGGUCGUGGCCAGGGUCGGGAGGGAUCAGUUCAGCGAUCCCCAUCUUCUCCUUUGCCCUUGUCGGCGGCUCCCCACUACCAGGGCUCUGAGGAUGAGGAAGAUUACAGGGCCGCCAUGGUUGCCCAGGAGGAGUUUAGGAACAAGCACAGUCGCAGUCAAAGCCGUGGCCUCAACUCACCCUCCGUCGGCGGCAAGCGAUCUCCCUCGGAGACUCGAACCAGGGCCAACUCGGAUGUCGUUGAUAUUCCCGAGCCCCUGUUUGCUCAUGGUCGGACCGCCUCGACUGACCAGGCUGGCGAUCUCAGGCAGAUGAAGGAUGAGCGUCAGCGGAAGAAGGAGCAGGCUGCCCGAGAACUCGAGGAGCGUCGCAAGUCCCUGGCUAAACGCCCCCAGGCGCCAUCUAUUCCUCACCCCAACGACUUUUCUCCUGCUCUCCCGACGGCAGUUGAAGCUCCUGAGCCUAAGGAGUCAUCUGAUGAGGUACAAGGUCCCAGCCCGACUGAGCAGCCACCCAAGAGCAUGUACGCCCGUAGCGGACCUGUCAUGGGUCUUCCCGCUACCCCCAAGGCCAUGAGGCUCAUCAUUGAGGGCAACCAUGACAAGACUGGCAGCACUCCCAGGCCCGAUGUCCCCUCGAUCCCACCCAACUUUGUUCAGAGGCAGACACCAAACUCGUCACCCCAUGCUUCGCCCAAGAAGGACAUGGGUAGUGAUCUUCUCACUCUGCUGCCCUCGACUGUUUAUCAACCACCAACCCGACCCAGCAUUCCCCGAAGCAUGUCGGCUCCUAUCCCUGACGAGCCAAGCCAGCACUCAGUUUGGCCCGAUCGCAAGGGCAGCGUAGGCCGCAUCGAUGAGCUCCCUGGCGGCGAGCGACGUCGAUCUCACGAAGAGCCUAUGCCUCCUCCCCCUCCUCCGGUGUUGAAGGAGCUCCGACAUCUGGCUUCGCCUCCUCCACCACCCCCAGCUCCCCUCCCUCACGUCGCUCACCGAGCUCAGCAGGGCGGAGCUAUGGCAUCUGGCAUGAUUGAGAUUGUCAUGGACGACGAGGACACUUCUGGUAAUGACAUGGGAUCUGAGGCUAGCCCUCCUCCAGCCCCUGUUCAGAAGGGUCACAGCCGUGGUCGAAGUGUCGGUGAUGGCAGCAGCAUCUCCAGCCGUAUCUCCAAGGCGACUGAGCGUCUCCGAUCGGCUAGCCGUAGCCGCAAGGAAUACACCAAGUCGCCCCCCUUUGAGGCACCGUACGAGAGCAUCCCCAUGCCUCAAAAGCUCAAGUCGCCUCCCCCGGUGUCGUACAACCCUGAUGUGCUCCGAUCUCCUAUCGACACCAAGAACAAGCACCUGUCGACGGGCCUGCACCGGAGCGAGAUGAUCUAG